UACGUAGCCUACAGUAAAUGCCGUUUUGACUAUGGGAUAGUCUGCUGCGUAAUUCGCCUCAUUUUAGUCGGCUGAAGAGGGCAUCGAUGGCGCUCGGGGCUCUUUUAAACCUAAAAUGACGAACGGAACACCGUUCAUUCUCCUGGAUUAAGCGGACACGCGUGUUUGAAAUAAAACUGCAUCAGCCGAUACAGGUGUUUUCGUCAACAACAAAAUGAACACACCAUGUGCUCUUAUGUGUCUCGUUUUGCUUCCAGUUCCUAUUUUAGCAGAAAGAUCACAUCGCCUGAGACCUGUCAACGACACAGAAAGCGAAAGUCAUGAAGUUCAUCAGGUGAUGGGUCUUUGUGAACAGAAUGACAAUAAACCUGGACAAAUGAUCAGCAAAACGGCUUAUAGAGGCUCUACGAUUGAUGAGCGAUAUUUUUUCGAUAGCAAAUUUACAUAUCAGGUAUUUUCAAAUUACACAGAACCAGAAAUAAAUCUUGAAAUGUCCAAGCUGCGUCUUAGGAACUUUUAUUACCCAGCCUGCAUAAAAACACUGGAGAAAUAUCUUAAAAAGAGGGAAACUCAGCUAAACAGAAAAGUGAAACCACAAGUCAAACUCAUUCAGAAAGCAAACCCAGAUUCUGGAGGGUUACGUGUGAGUUGUUUGGCAACAGGAUUUUACCCUCGUCACAUCAACCUGACCCUGUUCAGAGACGAUCAGCCUGUAGCUGAUCAUGAGAUCACUGGAGGAGAUCUGCUGCCCAAUGAUGAUGGGACGUACCAGAUGAGGAAGAGUCUGGAGAUCAAUAGAGCAGAGAAACACAAUUACACCUGCUCUGUCACACACCUAAGUCUGGACAACAAACUGGACGUCACUUUGGAAUCCAAUCCAGUUGAACCGUUUAAAUCAGCGAUUCUGUCAGUGCUGAUAGUUUUGGCUCUGGUGUUGGUGUUUGGAACUAUAGCCAUCAUAUACAAAUGCAGGAAUAAACGAGCCGAUUCAUCCAGAAGUGGUUAUUCUGUUGCUUCUACAUCUAAAGAACAAGUCGAAACAACAUCAGUAUAGCAUGGCUUGAUGCUACAUGGAUCAACAUCUUCAAACAAUGAAAAAAUGAGUUCCGACAGUUGGUUGACUUUGAUGAAAGAUGCCAUGAGUAAAGUGUGAGGAUUUAAAUGCCAAACAGUUCAAAAUAGUUUUUUUGUAUGCUGUUUUAACAACUGUCUUUAAAACACAUUGUGGUCUGCACAAAUCAUCUUCAUUUAACACAAUCUGCCCAUGUUCAAAGCUCUUUUAUACUUAAAAUAUAUCAUAUAUAAAUGUACUGUCUUAAAUAUUAAAUGGUUAGUACAGAGACCAUAAGAGUGUUAUUUCACUUGUUCACAGGGUGUAGCCAUCAUUUCAGAAGUAAGGUGGUUAGAAUUGACAAAUGUACUUUUUAAAUCUAAUUGACAAACAAACAUACAAACAAAUAAAUAUAAAAAACAAACAUUCAAAAACAUUUUGCCUAUAUUUUCCUAAUGACGAUUUUAUGAUUGGUUUAUAUAUUACAAACACGUUUUCCAUUUUCAUAACAGAAUAGGCAGAAUAUUUAUUUUCUAGUUUCUGUACUGUAAUAAAUGAUAGGUCAUUCAAACUUUAUUUUUUUUUUUUACCUGGUGAUGACACAUAAACCAUUUAUUGUCAAAAUCGUGUAUUAUCUUCACUUUCCAUUGGUCAAAACUUUUUUGCUUUUUAUUUAGCUUAGCUACAGUGAUAGCCUUUGUCCAUAUUUGGGAUUUCCUGGCAUGCAUAAGUUAUUACAUCUUUGAGUCCGUUUUGGAUUUUCUGUUGCAUUUCAAAAUACUUUACCACAUUUACCCAUGUAAAGCAGCUCUUUCUAAAUUCAUGGAAUUCAUUGAAUUCAUUAACAAUAGUUACAUUUUCUGUAACACACAUGAGGAAGACUUGUCUCAUUUGUUUUAUAAUUGUGAAUUGUCUUUUAGAUUUUGGUCUGAUGUUAGUUUCUUUUUAUUUGUUUAAAUAAAUGUUAAUUACAUGCUCUCUUUAAAAGAUGUUAUUAUAAAGAUGUUAUGUUGUUAAUUUGUACAUUUUUCAUGGUCAAUAUUAAAUUCAUAAACAAAAAUAAGCAAAAUGCAUACCAAAAUGUUAUUUUUAUUAUUUUUUUUUAGAAAUUUAAUCUUUGAACAAGUCUCUAAUGCAAAUUAAUAACAAAAGAAUGACAUACUGCUAGGUUUCAUAUAAGUUUUUUUUUUCUAUUAGUUUUAUAUUAAUAUUUUUAUUGUAUUGUUCACCUGUUGUAAUCAUUGAUUCUGAAGGAAGUGUAUUUCACAUAAUUUAAACUCAUAAACUUAAUUGUUCAGUGAUUUACUAAAGAACUGUGAAUGAUUUAACUCUUAUAGAUGUUCUGCUGUUGAAUAGCAAAUUAUCAGUUGUAUAUAAUAAAGAACAUGAACAAAAUGAAGAGCUGAAG